CCACAGUGGGUCUGCUGAACUGACUCAAAACAUAAACAAAUCAGUUCGCAUCAAUUGACGCGAAUCAAACUUGUUUUUGUUCUUGAAACCAAUUUUGUGAACAGGAAGUGGCGUAUUUUUAUUGAAAUGAAUGGAAAUGCCUUAAAUUCUGGUGAAUUUGAUGAGGAUUGUGAGGACAAUGACGUCCUUGUCUUUCAUAUUAUGAUUACAGAUCCAUUAAAAAAGUUAAAGCAUUUAGUUGAGCAACACAUAGGAAGUAAAUUAAAGAACUUCCAAUUCUACUUGCAGGACUCACAAAUGCUUCAAGAAGAACAAAACCUGACCGAACAGUGCCUCAGCUCAGACACAGGCCUCGUCCAGAUCAAUCUUCAAAUUCAAUACGAUAAGCAGCGACUCAACAUAAUCGACGUAUUAAAGCCAACAGAAGAGGAAGUGACAAAGUAUUACCGCAAAGUUGACAUGGAAUCGACACAAAAUUCUGAAAAUUCUUGGAAUGAAAAUGAGUCGUCGAGUGACAAUAAAUCACCGAAUAAGGUUGGAAUGAAUAGCAAGUGGACUGUGGAUUAUGCAUUUAAGUCUGAACUUGUGAAGAUGGGAGCUACUGAGGAUCCACAGGAUUGGGGUGUGCAGCAUGUGCAAUAUUGGAUCUCUUGGGCAAUAGCCAAGUUCAAUCUGCAAAAUAUCAAGCUAGAGGACUGGAACAUAACUGGAAGUGAGCUUUGUCAGAUGAAUCAUAAGCAAGUUCGAGAGAAAAUCAGUUCAGAGAAUUUUGAGACAUUUUAUACACAUUUGGAGAUGUUAAGGAAGCACAGAUACAUUGCAGUGCUGGAUGAGAAUGAGAGGGAGGAAGCUAAUGGAUCGUUGAAGAGGAACCAGAAGCCAAUCAUGCACAUCGGUUCAGACAACAGAAACGGCAACAAUGGACAGAUCCAGCUCUGGCAGUUCCUACUUGAGAUCCUCACAGACAAGGAUUACGUCUCAGUCAUCGAGUGGGUUGGAAUAUCCGGUGAAUUUAAACUUAAUGAUCCUGAAUAUGUUGCUCAAUUGUGGGGUGAACGGAAGAACAAGCCGGCAAUGAAUUAUGAGAAGCUGUCGAGAGCUUUGCGGUAUUAUUAUGAUGGUGAUAUGAUCUCGAAGGUGCAGGGGAAAAGAUUUGUUUACAAGUUCGUCUGCAACCUGAAAGAACUAAUCGGCUACGAUGCAGAAGAGCUAUCAAGGUUGGUCAGAGAAGCAUCACUCAUGAAAGACACAAGCCAUAUCCUGAAAUCCAUGUGAAAAAAAAUUAAUUUUUGACAAUAUUUUAAAUAUUUUGGAAUAAAAACAAAUCGUCAAUUAUUUUUGUAUUU